UGACGUGGCCGCGUCGUUGCGAUAAAUCGUUAACAAUCGUUUCGCGGUGAUAUUACCGCGCUCGAUGGGUGGCUUCGAGUUUUGAUCAAACGUUUCCCGCACGGUUUUCGGUAAAAAAUGUCGGUGACAAACAAAGAUUUUUACGAAGACGUGAGGCCCACGUUGAUGUUGUAUAAAAUUAUCGGCAUAACAAGUCUUAAAAAUGUGUUCUACGGCCAAUUUUACUUCCAAUGGGGAUCCAAUUUUAUAUGGCCAGUGGUGACUUACCUAACGCCUUGCUAUCUGUUUGUGACCAAAGCUGUGACGUACCCGACGGCUACGCUGUGGUUUUGGACGGUCAAUUUCAUCGUGCGGGAGUUCUUAAGUCAACUGACCUCGAUCUACGUGGACACACAUCUACCGAAAAUCAUCGAGAAAACCAAUCGGUUCGACACGGAACACGGUCGGCCCACGGAACAGAGGACUCGGCCGCGUUACUACAUGAUCGCCUACCUGGGAUGCACGUUGAUGCUGCUCACUUGCGCCUGUAUCGAUAUUUUGCUGAACAAAUUGUCGGUUAAAGUCAUCUUCGAAUCGAUGUUAAGGUACAUGAGCUCGAUAUUCCCGCUGCUGUACCUGCUGUUCUGCGACGAGAUGUGCAUGCGGUUCCGGUCGCUGCGAACGCGGUGGCGCACCGAGGUGGCCAAGGUGUUGGCGUCCACGUCGCGGGCCACGUGCCACGCGCUGGAGUCCGAGCGGCUGGCGCACGCCCAGCUCUGCGACCUCGUCGAAGAGAUCCGAGUAGCGUUCGGACCCCGGCUCACCACGUACCUGCUGUUCGUGUUCCUCGAGCACCUGGCCCGGUUCUACUUCGACACGUACGUGAUGCCCACGCACCGGCGCAAGCACUCCACUCUGGAGAUCCUGGGCGUCAGCCAGCUGGAGUCGCUCAUGUUCCUGGCACACGCCUGGAUCGGCACGUACCUGGUCGCCUACCUGUCCGACGCGCUCACCGAAUCCAGCAAAGAAAUAAUAACAGAUUUAAGAAACAUACCAAUAUGGAAAUUACCACAAGACUGCUGUGAACAGGUUACAUUUUUCAUGUCUCAAGUACAGAAUUCGCAAACUAUUAUUACGGCGUCUGGUCUCUUUACGGUCAAUAAAACUAUUUUAUCAUCAAUAAUUAUAUCAUUGGCUACGUACAUAAUAGUAAUCAUACAGUUGUCGCCCGACUUGGGGCGCAUAUUUGUCGAGUAAAUUACGCAAUACCAAUAAUCAUAAGUAACAAACACAUUUAGCAAUGUGAUCUUACUAAACAAUAACACACAAUCCUACGCACGACGGCGACUUAGUCGAUGCACUCUUCGGGGCACGCCCAUAAAAUAGAACGAAAAAAAAAAUGAAAAUAAAUGAAAAAAAAAAUAAAAAAAACACGUUGAGGAAUUUUUCGUACACUUCAGGCAUAAUCGUUUGCCCUUCAAAAAAUUCAUAUUUACAAUCACCGUCACAUUUAGUUUACCCGUUUGGAUUGAUCUCGUUUUGGUCGAGUGUAUUUUCACCCAGGAAGUUGAGUCCAACGU